UGGAGGUUUGGAAUUUUAGUCCGAAUGAAAACCAUGUGCGAUGACAAUUUAUUUUAGGUAUUUGACAGCUUACUCAUAAUUUCUCUUGCUUCUCCAUAGUCUUGGACCCACACGUUUUUCUAGGUUGGGCGUCUUUUUUACAAGAAGCCCCCUGUCCAUGUUCAGUUCGAGGGAAAAUAGUCAGUACAAAAGUUAAAUGCCUUGUCUUAUUAGUGUCCAAUGUUAAGCAGCUGGAUGACAGCUGUCAAAGGUGGUACACAAAUGAAGGACUCCAAGACGAGGUCAUGAUAUUAAGCAUGCUUGUAUUCCAAACUGAGGUUGUAUACCAAUAAGCAGUACAAAACAGGCAACUGUCCGUGUUCAGGUCGAGGGAAGAUAGUCGGUGCAGCCAUGUUGAGCAGAACCCUUGGGUAGCGGACCGCAAUGCCCAAAUGUCCCUUCAGAGCAGGACAUGAGUCAAAGCAUGUCUCCUCAAAGUGGGCAGAGCACAAGACAGAUCUGGGGAUUUAUAAAACGAGUUUCCAGGUGAAGUAAAUAUCAAAGAUUGUCAUGGGCACGAGGCACAAGGCUGCACCCAAACGAAGGACUCUGAGACGAGGACAUGAUAUUAAGCGUAGAUUUAUUCGAAACUGAGGUCUUAUACCAAUAAGCAGUCCAAAACAGGCAGAAGCACAAAAACACUAGGCUAUAGGCAAGAUAAAAAAAUAUGAAGCAAGGUCAACAAGACUGUGGAGGCAGAGAUACGCUGUGACAAGUGGAUGCUCUACACAAAACUUGUAUACUUACGCACAGUAGCAGAGUAUCCCAAAAUGCAUUAAUGGAAAUGCAAUGAACUGGAAAAUGCCGAUGACACAUUAAAAACUUAAAUGCCUGGUCUAAUUGGUGUCCAAUGACAAGCAGCUGGGUGACUGUCAGUUUUCUGGGCAACAUUACUCAUCACACACAACCACUCACUUCGACAUUUUACGAUUCCCACUCAGAACAUGUUAGUUUUCACAUUUUUUACACCAUGAGUUGUGAAUUGGUUUUCGGUAUCCCUUAGCUGAGGUGACACAACCCUCAUAUUAACUUGUCUUGUCGAUGACUAGCAUUCUCACAUGUGAGACUUUGGUCCCAAGUGGGUGAGAGCUAAGUGGAGGGAAAUGGAGAUAGCCUCAUCGAUCGGGAGGUUGCACCGAUUUUCAAACUUGUAGGGGUCCAGCGUGGGGUUGAGGGGGGUAGAUUUGACAUGCUCCAUGAUUAGCCUCUCAGAGCACAUCAUAAUUAUGGGAGGGAGUGAGUCCAACCAGGUAGUAGUCAUUGUAGCAGGAGGGAGACGGCUUCUUUGGGACCAGGAUAAUGGUGAUGGCUGUGAGGCAGGUCGGGAAAACGGCUUGGAUCAGUGCGGUGUUCAAAAUAUCUGUGAGGACAUCUCUGAGCUCAUUGGCACAUCCUUUCAAAAUGCGGCUAGGAAUGUCUUCCGGUCCGGAGAAUUUAUUUGUGUUCGUCCUUCUGAGGGAUCUGAGGGUGUAGUUAGCUGUGAUAGGCACUAAAGUGACCCUUGUGAGGAUAAGAAGCUUGGACAAUGAACAUAGAAGUGUUAAAAUUGCUCUAUGUUCUGUUUCUUCAAAUUCAGGAAACUUUUAUUUCUUUCUGAGCGGUUUCUCCGUGAUCAUUGUGUGCUUUCGAGGAGAACAGGUCUGAAUAUCAGUCUGCAUCUGGGGGAAAAUAUCUGAUUUUAUAGUCUGAGCUUCUAAGCUUCUCUCCCCGGCUAAAUGCAGAGGGGUUGCGUCAGGAAGGGCAUCUGGCGUAAAAGUGUACCAAACAAAUAUGCGGUUUUCUGAGAUGACACGCUGUGGCGACCCCUAAUGGGACAAGCCGAAAGGAAAAGAAGAAGAUAGUCUGAACUUCACGGUAAUUUUCAUUCGUGGCCAACACAUGUUUCUCCUCAUCAUUGAAUGGUUAUGUUGCCCAUCCUAAGUGCUUAUUUGUCCAUCUCAUUCAUAUGAAAAGCAGGAACAUAUUUUUCAACUAAAAGUAAUUCCUUUCCACCCCACCAAACUACAAAUAUUUGACUUUGAUACAAAUCAGCAGGUUUAAUAUUAUUUAAUCUUGCAGUAUAUACUUGUUGAUAAAAGAGCUGACCUUUUCACAUAUAAAUUAAAACAUUUAUUAGUUGUUAUUGGUCUACAGGCAUUUGCGCCUAGGUAAUGCUUACACCAUAGUGGUGUUUUCUAUAAGAGUUUUUAGAAUGGCUCUGUUCUAAAUGCUGAACAGCACAGAAGCUACUAAUGGAGAGGGAUAUGGAGCAAAUUGAUGUGUGAGGAGAGGAUGUGUUGGAGGGAGAAAGAAUGAAUUUCAAUACACUAAAUGUUUCCAAUGAAAUGUAUACGCCCACUGUCCCUAAGCUCUGUCUGACUCACCAGCUUCACAUAUUUCCCCGCCUCACACUUGGUGCAGUGUGUCUCCUCUGACACACAUCCACAUCUCGUCACGUUCACUGAUGCAGCUCCGCCUCCUUCACAGUGUAGCUGUUGGGAGCAAUGGAGGAGAGAGUAGUCCAGCCAGAUAAAUUAAAUGGCUCAUGGGACGGAGGCCAUGAUGAAGGGAAGUCUAACUGGAAGAAAGAAUGCUCCCUUUCCUCGCUCCUAAAACACUCUUGUCUUCUCUGCUGGUCAUCCUCCAAGGACACUGACAUUGUGGAAACGGAUGAGAGAGUACUCAGCAAGGCAUCUGAGAUCAGAGAGCUUGAGAAUGCAGUAACAGUGGAGAACCUGGAACUGCAGGAGCAGCAGUCCGACCGGAAGGAGCUAGAGGAGACGCUGGUCAAAUUAGAGAAACACAAAGAGAAGCUUAUUCAGCAAAUUAAAGCCACCAGACAGCUUUGCUAUGAAGAGAGUCAACAGAUCCUGUCUCUGCAGGCUGAAGAGGUUAAAAGAGAGAGCCAGGUUGAAGAGUAUGAGCGAGAGCUUGCCAGAGCCAGAUGGAGGCUGAGGAAGCUCAAAGAGGAGGUGAAACAGGCGAAGAGGAAGAUGGAGGAGGCUGGAGAGAGGAACUGUCCCCUCCAGGAUUCUAUUAAACAGUCCUAUGAAGAAAUCUUGCAGGAAGAGCACACACUGUGUUCUAUGUCAGGUGGUGCAGUUACUCCAGAGAGCCAGCUCGAUGGCUCAACCUCCCCUACAGACACAACUGAGGAUGAAACACUUCCAAUGAGACCAUGGGGGAGGAGCCAAUCGCUGCCUGCAUAUGCUGACCUUAUAAUGGUAGCCAGCAGUGCACCGUUUUGCAAUAAUUUAGCAGAUACCAGAGAAGAGGUAGACGACAGUAGCAGUAGCUCACCAAAGGUGGACAGAUUCAACCUCAAAGAUGAUCCAGAGGAGGGUGAUGUCAGUGAGCAACAAGGAGGAUUAAAAGAACUGUCCAUUCUCAAUAAACUUGACUUCUAUCAAGCAGACCCUUUUGCACAGUGUCAGAUAAAUCAUGGCCUGUAUAAUGAAGACCUAUUUCCGAAAACAGACUCAUCAGAUGGAUUUACAUCAGAUCCUUUUAAAGGCACAGAUCCUUUUGCUGCAGACAUUUUGUUUCCAGAGGCAAACAUUGGUUCUGAUGAAGGAGCAGUAAUUAUCUGCGACGAGGCCGAUACUAGUCCAUCUUGUGCUGAAAAUAAAGCUUCAACAGGGACGCAGUGUUUUGAGUCUGAGUUUCCAGAUGAAGACAGUGACAUUGAGCUGAGCUACAAUCAAGAGGAUUUUGACAUGAUCCCUGGAGCAGAUGAUAGCCAUGGAUUUAAGCCAAUUCAGAGUUCAUCUGAGGAGCUAGGCCCAGAACCCGUUCGAUGCUGCAAUUCCCUGGAUCAGUACUCUGUAGAAUCAGAUCACAAUGGGUAUGAACUGGACCUAAGUGCUGUCUCACUGCCAUUUGGCAUCAAAGAGCACCGUCUUGGAUAUCUGGCUGGAAAACUGACCGAUGUGGCAACGAGAAAAGUGGAGGAAGCCAAAGCUGUCCCUUACCUUGGUGAUCAAGCAUUGUUGGUGAUGGACAGAAGAAACUUAAAAAACAAAAUGCAUUCCCUUGACGGAAAUCGGGGAGAAGAAACUGAUUGGAUGAGCAAUAACAAAGAGGAUCCAGGAAAUGUUUCAACUCAUCAAAACUGUGUAGAUUCUCAUAACCUUUGGACUGAACUUGAGUCACGAGAAACCAACUUGAGCUUUGACUAUGAGCCAAUAAGUCAGUCUUCGUUUGAUCCAUAUGGCUUCAAACUCAGUCCUGAAUAUUCCAGUCAUAGCCUCUUAGACCCAGAUGAAGCUCUUCUGAGCCCAGUCCCCAUUGAUCAAGAGCUGGCUUUUGACCACUGCUCUUCUCAGCCAGAUCCUUGUAACUUUUAUUCCUACGAGUAUGAACUUGCCUCUUCCGAGAUGGUACAAGACUCUGAUCCAUAUGGCUUUAAACUUAGCCUUCAAGAAGAGAAUCAGGAGGUCCCAGAACCGUGUUGUGAUGAUAAUGUGGAAAAUAUGGCCUUCAGUAGACUUGAUAAUGACAAUAAAGAACCUAUUAACUAUAGCAACCAGGAAGUACCUGAAUUUCUUCCCCAUGAAAACCAAGAAGUGCUUAAUCCUUGUAGUGACGACAACAACCAAGAACUGCUGGAUGUGUUAAAAAGAAGAAGCCAAGAAGGGCUGGAAUUAUCAUCUCUGGUCAACAAUGAAAAUGUAAAGUUGGUAAACAAGGAAAAUCAAGAAUUCCUAAAUCUUUGUAGUCCUGAAAACCAAGAAAUAGUUUCAAAUGAGCACUUUGUAAGUUAUAAAGAACUUGACCAGUGUAAAAAUGAUAACCAAGAAGUGCUAGUAUUUUUUCACGUUAAUCUUGAGCUACAAAAUUUCACCUGUGCAGAGAAUCAGGAAAUUUUGGAAUUGGACAGUUAUGGCAAUGGAGAAGUAGUUGAACAUCAGGAAGCACUAGUUUUGGGUAGCCAUGAAAACCAGGAAACACUGAAUGCCAGUAACAAUAAGUCUGAGGAAUUGGUAGAUGUGGAUGGUCAUAAUAAUCAGGAAGUGCUGGACUUGACGAACUGCUAG